AUGUCAUCAUGCCGUGGAAAGCCACAGAAACUUCUGGAGCAGGGCUGCGCAGCCAGUGAAUCAUUCAGCCCGUUUGCUCUUGUCUGUCUCGCAAAUGGACAUCAACGCGGCCCCGUUGUGUGCCAUGAAGAACAUCUUGUUUCCACCUCUGGCCAGAGAGCUUUGCCACUGGAGCAGCCCAGUGUGUCCUUGUCUACAAAACAACUUCUUUAUUCACCUUGCUUUCCUCUCAUUUUUCCAGGUACCAUUUCAUCCACCAAGCGGACGGGGAUUCCAGCCCCUCGAGAACUUUCUGCACCUACCUCGAGAGAGAGAACCGCCCUGAGAGGUCCCUCCAGUGCAAAGAAACCAAUCCCCAGCCCGAUAUCUUCCAGUACCCCAACUCCCACCAAGCACUUAAGAGGCAACAGUAAAUCCAAGUUAGAGAAUGAUGCCGGGGACAAGGCAAUGCUGGAAUCCCAGGUCCGGGAACUCCUGGCAGAAGCUAAAACAAAAGAUUUUGAAAUCAGUAAGCUCCGGAGUGAACUCAAGAAAUUCAAAGAGAAAGGCUCCCCGAAUGCUGCAGAAGGAUCUGAUGCUCUUGGCCAGAAUGGCGACGAACUACCAUCUUCCCCUGCAGAUCUGGAUCCUUUGAUAAGAACUCUUCGGUUGAAGAACAAGAAUUUUGAAAAAGAGCUCGUAGAUCUUGGGGAAGAAAACCGGGCUCUGAAAGAGAAACUGGCUUAUAUGGAGCAUUCCCCCAGCUCGGAGGCUGCCACGAGCAAUGAUGGGGGCAGCAGCCUACCCACACCAACAACUCAAGAAUCAAGCUUUGGAAGUCCAACGAGAAACCAGAUGUCAGGGGAGACAGAGGAGUAUAAACAGAGUAUGACCGGGAAUACCCUCCGGACAUCUGGGUCCUCGAGCAGUGAUGUGACGAAGGCUUCUCUGUCCCCGGAUGCUUCUGAUUUUGAGCACAUCGUCGAGGCUCCUUCCCGGCCCUUGUCCUCUGGCAGCAUCACCUUCAAGAGCCCCCGGUGCUCCACGGGGGGCAGCUCCCCCAACAACAUCAGCGAGCUGUCUGUAGCUUCCCUCACCGAGAAGAUCCAGAAGAUGGAAGAGAACCAUCACAGCACCACUGAAGAGCUCCAGGCCACCUUGCAAGAGCUGUCAGACCAGCAGCAGAUGGUCCAAGAGCUGACGGCCGAGAACGAGAAGCUGGCGGACGAGAAGACCCUGUUGGAGACGUCCUUCCACCAGCACAGAGAGCGGGCCGAGCAGCUGAGCCAGGAGAACGAGAAGCUGAUGAACCUCCUGCAGGAGCGAGAGCAGGAAGACGAGUCCAGUGGCCAGGACAGCAAGGUCAAGGAGCUCGAGCAGAGGUGCAGCGAGAUCCUGGAGAAUGCCAAGUUCGAGAGGGAGAAGCUGCUCAACAUCCAGCAGCAGCUGACCUGCAGCUUGCGGAAGAUCGAGGGCGAGAACCAGGGGGCCGUCGAGAUGAUCAAGUGUCUGAAGGAGGAGAACCAGCAGCUGAAUGGGCUUUUGGACAGGGAACGGCACAACAACAGCCUGGCCACCCAGGCUCUGGAGGACUGCCGGAUCACCCUGGAGGGGCUCAAGAUCGAGAACGCCUCCCUGAAGGCCCAGCUGGAGAGCGAGAAGCAGAGGGUGGCGGAGAUGAGUGCCCAGGGCCAAGGGAGGGAUAGCUCCGAGGUGCAGGACAAGCUCAAAGUGGCCCGGGCUGAGAAGGACCAGCUGGAGCUGUCCUGUAUCGAACUCAAGCAAGAACUACUGAAGGCCAACAGUGAGAUCCAGCACAUUCAGAAUAUGCUCAGCAAGGUGAGAGGGAGAGGGAGAAAUUUCAGUGGCAGUCUGGGGAAGUCUAUGGACCACUUCUCAAUAUAA